UCUGCAGAACAAACAGAACAAACAGAACAAACGGCAGCAGACAUUCUUCUGCUGAUCCGUCGCUGCUUCAGGCGUCUCAUAAACUCAAAGUCCUCUAAAGUCCUCCAGACUCCUCCUCCUCCCAGCCAAAGGUCCGAAGACAACCAGAAGACAAUGGACGCCGACAAGAAGCAGCAGAAAAGCUCCCGGGAAGUUUACUUCAGUGUCCUGCCGGAUAAAUACGAACCUCUGGAGGAGGACGAUGAGGAGGACGAGGAGAGGAAGAGGAGGAAGGAGGAGAAGAAGGAGAGGAGGAAGAAGAAGCACAAGAAGUACAGGAAGAAUGUGAGGAAGGCUCUGGGCUUCAGCUGGAGGUGUUUCGUGGUCGGUCUCCAGGUGAUGGGAACCAGCUUCAACGCAUGGUCCAUGGCGGUCGUGAUUCCCGCGACGACAGAGGAGCGAUGGCCCAGAAGGGAAAUAUGAUGGGAUGGAAGAUGACUUGUGUUUACAUCCACUUUGUUUCUUUGUUUACUUACUUUAUUCUGCAUUUAUGCUGAAAGUUUCAAACUGUUUACCUGGUACUUCCUGUUUCUACUGUUCAAUAAAAUAACAACAGACUGCUUCCA